AUCAAUCUCAAGCUCCCUCCCAUCGACAAUUCAGCCCCGAGCAACAACAAAUCCGCUCACGCUCAUUCCACCACUAUCAAUUGCAACCUCCCAGCGACCCCGCGUCUCCCGCAUCUAAUAAUGCAGUGGGGGCACAUGCAGCGUUCGCCCUCGUCAUAACAUGUCUCUCGGACUCCCCGUUCCCUCCCCGGGCGCCCUGCGAGCCCUCCGCCAGCUCGCCCUCGGAACAUCGUGUACCGUCGCCUUCACGACCGGGCUGCUGGCAGAGGACCGCAGGCGCCGAAUCCAUUCCGCGCGUGAGGUGCAGGAGAACGGCCGACGUAUCAAGUCGUCGAGAAGCUAUCACGGGGCGGCGGGUGCGGUUGCGGUUGCGAAUUUUGAGGACCAUGUUUUGAAUCCGCCGUUGUAUUCGGCGGGGGAUGGCGAGGUGGCGCCGAAGUCGAUUGCGAGCUGGGGGAAGGAUGCGUCGGUGAAAUCGAAGAGACUUGUCCGCCCGCAGUCACAGCGGGAGUUGAAGGAUGAUUUGGAGCCGGUGGUAGCGAAGGAGAAGCGGGAUGCUUCUCACGAUGCCGACUUGCGAGCGAGAACACAAAGCCAUGCUACUCCCAUUGCUAUUAGAAAGACUGGACAGCGUCAGAGUCGACAGACUGUGUUGGCUGCCAGUAUGAUGGAAACCCUUGAAGCCGACAAUUCAGCUGGUGGGAUUGAGUUGGCUGCGAACGCUUUCUUCGAGUCCUUUGAAAAUGGGCUGUACAUCGGCAAAGAACCAGGACGCCAUGAAUCCCAACUUUCGAAACGGCUGGUUACAGCGUGUGGACAACUCUUCGAUGCUUGCCAAAAACACAACUCAAUUGGGGUAUACGUUCCGGUCAUCCAGAAACUCCUUAGCCUGGGUCCAAUUGAAGAAGACCUCUUUUACGAACUUCACACCCCGGAGGUGAUAGCCCACCUAUUGGAAAUAAAAACACGCAAGGAAGGAGAGGAUCAAGGAUAUCUUGAGGCGUUGCACUCGGCAUCCUCCAUGUAUAUGACGGAGUUUUCUACAAAGCGACUCGAAAACGCCCAUCCUAAGAUGCGACAUCUCGGCGUGCUUCUCUGCGCCAAAGCCAUGAAGGAACAACUCUACGAACUAACCGAUUCCCUCUAUUGGCGAAUGUCUGCUAUUCCCAGCGACGAGGCCCCUUCCUGCGUCGACUACCUCAUCCUUGCCAACCACGGCAUGGGCCACCACAAAUCCGUGCUACACUACUUCCGACGCUUCUUCGUCCUCACCGAACCUUCGAAAUACGAACUUGACGAAGUUGUCGGGGCAGUUCUCGACUCGUGCCUUCGCAAAAACGCACUCGGCCAGGCUGAGGAUGUUGUCCGUACCGGUGCCGAAAUGGCUAGAUCUGGGGGGUUCAAGAUAAGAGCGGAGUGGCCUAUGAAGGUGCUGGGGCAGCAUUGGAGGAGUACGCGCGAUCUUGCGUGUACACGGGCGCUUUUUGGCAGGCUUGAGACACUGGUGGAUUGUAUUGAUCUACCGCAAGCGCUGUACAGUGCGAUUAUCCAGUUCUGCGUCGAGGACGGGAAGGAUGACCAGGCUAGCGCAUACCUCAAUCAACAUACGUCGGCGAAUAAUGGCGCGGCAAGCCUGAGGACCUGCGGCCAUCUGGCUCUGUCGAAGGCAAUGAAGGAGGAUUGGGAGGGUGUCGAAAGCAGUCUUAAAACCAUGAAACCUCUCUUGGUCGACCAUAAGACGAAAGAACAGCACGCACAAGUAUUCGCACCGAUAUUCAAGCUCUACACCAAAUCCCACAGCGUCGCCGAGUCAGAGCAGUUCGUCCGAAAGGUCAUGGAAGAGUAUGGACUCGUUCCAAACAUCUACGUAUCAAACAUCAUGGUCGGGAAAUACGCAGACGCAAACGAAAUCGACUCCAUCCCACACUGGCUUGAGACCAUGCGUGCCUUCGGCCUCAUCCCCGACGCCGUCUCUUUCAACGCCAUGCUCAGCAACUACCGCGACGAGUGGAACACCCCCUUCGUCGACCUCCUCCAUCUCUGCCACAAGAUGAAAGACACAGACGAGAAUCUCCUCGACCAAUGCACCGCGCGCAUCCUUCGCGAGGCCGCGAUACGAGAAACUAAAGGGGAUCGCUUCGCUUUCGUCCGCUUCUCGAGGCAGAUCGAUUACCUUCGUCAAGGCCAAGCCGACAGCGAUAGCGGGCUGGACUUCUACCCCUCUAUGCGCGAGGCUAUGGCUAAAGGAUCCCCCCGCAAAACACUGCGUAUUUACCACUCCGCCCUAAAGCGGGAGCACAUCCACAUCCCACCCUCCAUGUUCGCCCUCGCCAUACAAGCCGCUAUCGAGUCCCACCCCGCAGACAGCAGUAUCAGCUCCCUCCUCCCCCUCGUCAGCUCUGCCAGAGAGAGGGGCGUUGAUAUUAGUCUCGGCAUGGCGAGGCUGCUGAUGCAUCAGCUCGAGGACAGAAGUCUGGAUUACAUGGACCUGCACGCCGUGCUGAGGAAGAAUACCUUACUCUUCGCUGAUCACGGGCUCACCAUGCCCAUGGGCGUUGCUACGAAAGUCGCGAGCGUCUUCUCCCAGCGCGGCCUCAACCGUGACGCGUUGGCGCUGUGGGAGUACUACGCCGCGCGCAACGGGGUAUCGCGGGGCUUAGUGGAUUUGUCGAGCCUGACGGUUCUGAUGCGCGUGCACAUCGCGCUGGAGAAUGUGGAGGGUGUGCAGUGGGUUAUGGAUACGUUGGAGAGAAAUGAGAUUGUACCGAGCAGACGGUUUAUGCUUGUGAUUAAGUUGGGGAUUGCGAAUCUGAGGAAGCAGCAGAUGAGGCGGUGCGGGGAUGGGGUGCCGAAUGCGUUGGGGGAGAUGCUGGAGGAGGCGCUGGGGGUGGUUAGGUUGAGGAGGGAGAGGCAUGGGGUGGAGAGUAGGAGGGUGGGGGGGAGGUUGUUGGAUAUUAUGAGUGCGGCGGUUGUUGAGUCGAGGCGUGGUGGUGCGGGUGAGGGAGAGGAACUGGGUGCUGCGAGGCAGCAUGUUUCUGCUGGUGUGAAUUCCACCGCUGAGCAGCAGAGAGAGACUGCUGGGCAGCUUCACGAGGAGGAGUCACGUGCCUCGCGGGGUUCACCGCCACCACCUGCGAUGUGGACGGCUGUUUCAGUUACGCCGCUUGAUCGCGGGGUUGGCUCCUCGGGACAGAAGAGGCAUGAGACCCCGGUGAUGCCUCUGGUUGAGAAUCAGGUGUCCCCCAAGCCAACGUACGAGUAUAUAGAGGCAGAACCGAGGCACCACGCGAGACAGGAUGCGGUGAGGAGAGUUACUUCUGGGGGAGGGGUGUUGGCAAGGAAGGUGGUGUCGGGGUGGUUGUAGAUCGUUUGUGGUGGG